UCGGUGUCUGUCUGGCUGUUGCUCUGGCUGGCAGUCUGCUCCCCUAGCCCUGCCUAUUCCUGCCCCAGGCUGUGUGUCUGUUACCCCUCCCCGAUGAUGGUCAGCUGCCAGUCUCAGAACUUCUCGGCGGUGCCGGCCGGCAUUCCCUAUGACAGCCAGAGAGUAUUCCUCCAAAACAACCGCAUCACAGAGCUGCAGGCAGAGUCCUUCGGCUUCCAGACACAGGUCCUGUGGCUCUACUCCAACAACAUCAGCUCCAUCAAACCCGAUUCCUUCAGCGACAUGCGAGAUCUGGAGGAGCUGGACCUGGGGGAUAACCCCUCCCUGCGCACCCUCCAUCCUGACUCCUUCCGGGGGCUGGACAAGCUGCAGAGCCUGCACAUAUACCGCUGCCAGCUGGGGACCCUGCCCGGAAACAUCUUCAAAAAACUCUACAGCCUGCAGUUCCUUUACCUGCAGGACAACCUGCUGCAACACAUCCAGGACAAUCUCUUCUCAGACCUGGUGAAUCUCACUCACCUCUUCCUCCACGGCAACCGAAUCCGAGUCCUGUCCGAAAAUGUCUUCAGAGGGCUGGUCAACCUGGACAGGCUCCUCCUCCACGAGAACCGAGUGCGACAGGUCAACCGCAAAGCCUUCAGGGACCUGGGUCACCUCACCACCCUCUUCCUCUUCAACAACGCCCUAACAGACCUCCCUGCUUCGGCCCUCUCCGAUCUCUCGUCUCUGCAGUUCCUCAGACUCAACGGAAACCCCUGGAGCUGCUCCUGCCAGGCCCGCCCCAUCUGGGAAUGGUUCCGUCAGGUCCGGAUCUCCAGCUCCAAGCUCCUCUGCGCCGGUCCCGAGGAGAGGAAAGGUCUAGAUUUGAGGUUCUUGAGAGAAAUCGAUUUCGCUCCCUGCCCCAUGAUGCCUUACUAUCCGAGAGCCCGCGUCACUUACACCUUCAGCACCAGAACGAGAUGGUGGUUCCCCAAAUCGGGCAAGGCAAGCGGGGGGAAUUCGGACAAAUCUAAAGGCUUGGAUGGAAAGAAAGGGCAACAGCAAGACAACAGUUACAUCAGUCCAGAUAAAAGUCAAACCAAAAGUUACGAAGCUGAGUCCACAUUGACGAAAGUUAAAGAGCAAGACUACUGGGAGAAAUAUGAAAACGAAGACUCCACUAUUCGUUGUUACAAGUUGGAUUGUUUGAAAGAAGCAAACGGGAAAUCCAGAGGCGUUUGUCCAGACGCGUCCCUCUUUCUCCUCUCUCUCUCCCUCACUCUCACCCUCUCCCUCUCUCUCACCCUUCACUUUCUUUUUCCUGAAACCAUGUGAAGAGCAUUUGUGAAUUUCCCCUUAAAGUCUAUAUUGAAAAGAUAUUACAAUUCAAUUACUGCUCUGCAGUGUUGAGUUUCCUAUAGACCAGCUCUGCUCUGAAACUGCUGUGCGAUAAUGAGUCUUAUUGAAACUGCUGUGCGAUAGGGAGUCUUAUUGAAACUGCUGUGUGAUAGGGAGUCUUAUUGAAACUGCUGUGCAAUAGGGAGUCUUAUUAAAACUACUGUGUAAUAGGGAGUCUCAUUGAAAGUGUUGUGUGAUAGGGAGUCUUAUUGAAACUGCUGUGCAAUAGGGAGUCUUACUGAAAUUGCUGUGCAAUAGGGAGUCUCAUUGAAACUGCUGUGCGAUAAUGAGUGUUAUUGAAACUGCUGUGUGACAGGGAGUCUUAUUGAAACUGCUGUGUGACAGGGAGUCUUAUUGAAACUGCUGUGCAAUAGGGAGUCUUAUUGAAACUGCUGUGCAAUAGGGAGUCUCAUUGAAAUUGCUGUGUGACAGGGAGUCUUUUUGAAACUGCUGUGCAAUAGGGAGUCUCAUUGAAAUUGCUGUGAAAUAGGAUGAGUCUUAUUGAAACUGCUGUGUGAUAGGGAGUCUCAUUGAAACUGCUGUGCGAUAGGGAGUCUCAUUGAAAGUGUUUGAGAGAGACUCAGGGAAAGCACUGUUUUAAAAGGAACUAAUCUAAAAAGUUAUAUAAAAAAAUGAAAUGUUGUCUUUCCUAUAUACUCGCUCUGUACAGCGCUGCAGUGUUGAUCUCUCUUUCCUUUUAACCUGCUCUGUACAGCUCUGCAGUGUUGAGUUUCCUAUAGACCUGCUCUGUGCAGCUCUGCAGUGUUGA